AUGAAGGUUACUUGGCAACGAUUAAUACGCUUUGUCUCGACAGACGGGCGCGUCCUCCGUGGAGAACCGAUUUUCCCCGGACCCGACUUUGACGUUGGAAACACAACAGAAGACACCCGUCUCAAGGCCAGGGUCAUUGUGGGAGAUGAUAUCUACGAUGAGACAGGUAAAACUCGAGUCACGGAUGAAGUCGUUACCGUCAAGACACUUCUUGGACCGCUUGCCCCGACCGAGGUACCCAUCCUUCGCUGCGCUGGACUGAAUUAUGCUACCCACAUCCGUGAAGCAGGGCGCAAAGUACCGCCCUUUCCAUCAAUCUUUUUCAAGCCCUCAACGACAGUGACGGAUCAUGGAGUCGAUGUCGUGAUCCCAAAGAUUGCACAAGAUGACCAGGCUGAUUAUGAAGGAGAACUAGUCAUUGUCAUCGGAAAAGAUGCCAAGGAUGUCAAGGAAAGCGAAGCCUUGGACUAUGUCGCCGCUUACACGGCAGGAAACGACAUUUCAUCACGCAAAUGGCAGCGAGACCCAAACCGUGCUGGUGGCGUGCCGCAAUGGGGCUUCUCAAAGGGCUUCGACACUUUUGCCCCUCUGGGCCCUGUGCUCGUAUCAUCUGCCUUGAUUCCAGAGCCGAAGGCACUCCAUCUGAAGACAAUUGUGGAUGGAGAAGUGCGACAGUCGGCAGGAGUUGAUGACCUUGUGUUUUCCAUUCCGGCAUUAAUCGCACAUCUUUCUUCUGGGACUACGCUUCAGAAGGGAAGUGUUAUCAUGACCGGGACUCCCGGCGGAGUCGGAGCUGGACAAGAUCCUCCCAAGUAUCUUGUCCCAGGCACUAGAAUGGAGGUGAAGAUUAGCGAGAUCGGCACUCUGAAGAAUGGCGUUGAGUUUGCCUAG